AUGGCAAGCCCUGCCCAUUGCUUCUACUGCUUUGAAGUCCUAGCCGCCAGCUUUGAACGCCGCGACCCGCCCACCCUUGAGAAAGUGCUCGAUUUGUACGAGAGUUACAAAGCAGCCACUGCAUCAUCAGAGGAUGUGGAUGGAGUAGACGAACAAGCAGAUAACACGCUAGCCGGUGAGGGAGAGGACGCACAUGACGACGAAGAUGAAGACGACGAGGAGCCAAGUGAAGAAGACAUCCAACGCCUCGAGCGUCGCAAUCCCGGCAACAAGGCUGGACUUCACAUACCCAGUAUCUCGCGCUUACAGGCUUCAAGCUCAUCUUCAAGGUCCUCUUCAGCAUCUUCUCCUUCAGUCCUCUCUGCCGGCUCGUCCAAUUCUCGACUCGCCACCUCAUCCAGCGCCACAUCCAUCAGCCCUGCUACGCGCUCAUCUUACGCCUCGCGGCUCUCCGUUACCGAAUCCUUCCCACUCUUCGUGACGUGGAACACCCAUUCUCGAUCCGGCAACAAGUCCCUGCGAGGCUGUAUAGGCACCUUCGAGGCUCUUCCGCUUGCCUCGGGCCUGACUACUUAUGCACUUACAUCCGCCUUCGACGACACACGAUUCUCACCUAUCCCAGCAGCGCUCUUACCCGCGCUCUCCUGUUCUCUGACAUUACUGGCCGAUUUCGAGCCCUGCAAAAAUGCCAUGGACUGGACCCUUGGCGUCCAUGGUCUGCGCAUUAGCUUCAACUACCGCAACCGACGGCACGGGGCUACGUAUUUGCCGGACGUAGCAGUCGAGCAGGGUUGGACUAAAGAAGAGACUCUCGAGAGUUUGAUGAAAAAGGCUGGCUGGGAUGGAGGUUAUGCUGGGGGAAGCGGUGUUGCACGAAGGCUUCUACGAGGCUCAACCCGGGGAGGUGGCAGUACAAGCGAGCAGCAGCCUCAACCUCUAAAGCCAUGGGAAGAGGUUCAGGACUUCAAAGCCAUCAGAUACACCGGGCUGAAAGCCAGUGCGACGUAUGCGGAAUGGCAGGAGUGGCGCGAUUGGGUCGAGGAGAAUGAUGUGAUAUGA